GCGCAGGCUUUCGCGGAACACUACUAUAACACCUUUGACACCGACCGAUCGCAGCUCGGCCCGCUUUACAACGACACGUACUCGAUGCUAAACUUUGAGCACAGCGUCGAUCGCCCGGGACAAUUCAAGGGCAGCGCCGCGAUUGUCGAAAAACUCCGAACGUUACCGUUUCAACAGGUGAAGCACCAAGUGGUGACGUUGGACACGCAACCAUCGCCGAACGGUGGGGUGGUCGUGAUGGUGUGCGGGAACUUGCUCAUCGACAGCGAACAACAGCCGCAAAAGUUUUCCCAGUGCUUUCAACUCAUGCCCACCGAAGCCGCCGGGCUCGCCCCCGGCAGCUACUUCAUCUUCAACGACGUGUUUAGACUGAAUAUUGGAUGA